AGGAAUAAAUACGUCAUCGGUCAAAGUUGAAAAAGAGCAAAACAGAGAAACAGCAUGGAGACCGUGGGGAGAAGAAGCAGCGGAGGCGCCUCUAAAACUUCCAAAAAAGGUGGAAAACGCGUCAAAGCGCUGAGUGCUGAAGAGGAAGCAAGAAGGAGAGAAGAAAUCAGGGAGAAGCUGCAAGAGAAGCUUGAGCUGGAGAAGAGAGCACUGCAGGUGGUGGAGCGUCUUCUGGAGGACAGUGUGGCUGACGACUUUCUGGUUGAUUGUGCCAGGUUCAUCACUUCUGAUAAUUACAAAGAUGCUGUAGAGGAGAGAUCCAUCGCUAAACUGUGUGGUUAUCCUACAUGUCCAAAUAAAUUAGGCAAGAUCUCAACUCAACAGUACAAAAUAUGUACUAAGACUAACAAGGUGUAUGACAUCACGGAGCGCAAGUGUUUUUGCAGUAACUUCUGCUACAAAGCCUCCAAAGAGUUUGAACUACAAAUAUCGAAGACACCGCUUUGGCUCAGGCAGCACGAGAGUCCUGCAGAAAUUAAACUGAUGAAGAAAGGAGAUGAUGGGAGCUCUGGUGAGGAGGUGAGGCUGUCAGAGAAGCGUCUCCAAGAGCAGGACAUUGAGAACCCGCUGACUGCUCAACCAGAAGAGACUCUCGGUUCUCAGCAACGUUCUGCUGCAGCCGGGCUCAGCCACAGCGACAGCAGCGACGCAGAACAGGAGCAGGACUUUGUCUCCAGUGUGGUCUCCCAGCGACAGGGACCCAGAGUGCACUGGGGCGACCUGCCGAAACGCACAGAUGAAGACGAGAAAGGAGAUCGAGGGAAGAUGCAGAGGAGAGCGAAACAGAAUAGAGAAGGAGAGAAAGAGGAGUUGCAGCGUCAUGAAAGUCAAAAUGCAGAGAAGGAGGGAAAAAUGAAAGAAGAUGAGAAUAGAAGACCACGUGAAACCGAAAAACCCAAAGCCCAGCUUAGCGGAGAGCAGGCACCCAAAGAGGAGGGAGGCUGUAUUGAAGAAGCUACCGCUAAGAUGAAUUUGUGCAGUUUAUCUGAGCCGGUCACUCACACUGCACCCUCCCCUGUGGACUCAAACCCCUCACAGGCAGACCACACAUCUCCAGUCACCUCUCCUCCAUUAAUUGAGUCAAACCCCUCAACAGAAACCAGACCUCAGGCAGAUCUCCCUUCCUCAACUCUGACUGCAGGCCUCAACAUCACUGAGGUGGGUAUGAGCAGGAGAGGUGCGGCGGGGCUUCGGGAUCUACUCAAGAACCACUCCGCCGAAGCGAAACCCAACUCCAUCCGGCUGAAUCUUCUCGAGUACUUGAGAAGGACAUUAAAGGAAUGGAGCACAGACGAGACCCUGAGGUUCCUGUACGGCGCCGAGCAUUCACUAGGCUCCCCCUUUGCUGAUGUGAAAGAAGAAAAGAAAGAGGAAGACGAGGAACUGGAUGAAGAUGACCUCGAGGAUGAAGUGAGCGAGGAGGACGGAGGAGGGGUUGACGUUGGGGUACAAAAGAGACCUUCAGCCGCAGCUCCGGACUUCAAGAUGCUGAGGAAGGAAACCCAGCAGCUGGAGCUCAGAGUAAGGGAGUUUUACAAGGGGACCUGGAUUCUGCCCGAGGAAGUAAAGGAGCUGAACGGAAAUAAGGUGACAGUCCAGAACAAGAGCACGAAAGAUCCAGUCCUGCCUCUUGUGGACUCUCAAGCUCAGCACCUCAUCCAGAAACGAAUCACAGUGGAGAAGCUCACUAGCUGUCUCAGAAACAUUGUGGGUCCACUGCGUCUCACCAUGAGUGACGUCACCACGGACCUGAACAACCUGGUCAGGACUUUCAGGUUCACCAACACAAACAUCAUCCACAAAACUCCCGAAUGGACCCUGAUUGCUGUUAUACUUCUCCAUCUGUUGUCAGAUGUGUCUCCAGUGGUUCGAGAGGCCUUGGAGACGCCGGCAUCAGUAGUGUAUUUAAACACGCUGAUUGAGGAGCUCGGUCUACAGGAGCAGGACCUUUUGAACUUAGUCCAGCUGUUUAAAAGCCCAGCAUGCUAACACACACACCAACACACACACUACAGUCAGACAUGGACAUAUGAAUAAUAAAUAUACACACUCAGGAUCUGUGACUGAACAGAAUAAAUAUGUGGGUAUCAGA